AUGAAAAAUACACUGACGUUGAAAGAUAAAAGAGAAAUAUGUGUUCUAAAACAAUCAAAACCUACUCUAACGAAUAAAGACUUUGCUGUUCGUGAAAAUACUUCAGAAUAUCUUGCUAUUAAUCCAGAAGAUCCCAAUUCACAUAAUAAACGUUUACGCAAAGGAAAACAUUCAGGUCUAGAAGAUAGUAUUCGUUCUGUUAGAAGUAGCAUUUUAUUAUAUAAAAGUUUACUAUCGCAUCAACGUAGUAUAGAUGAAUAUGUAAACUUUGAUGUAUAA